AAAGAAACCUGAGUUACACAAACUUUCCAAGGAGAUGCGAGGAUAAUUUUCACGUUAGUGUUCGUCAUUAUCAUGAUCAUUGGAAAAAUGCUGGAAGAAGCUGCAGUUGCUUUAAAGGAAGUUUCUAAUUUUCAUUUCUGCCAAUUAAGAACCUUGCGAGUAGCCAAAGGGAAUGAGAAAGUACCAAAGAAGAAUAUAAAUAUUAUUGCUACUGCAAGCAAAUAUGGCUUAAUCUUCAUUGGCAUUGAAAACGGAUUUAAAAUUUUAAAAUUGGAAAAUAUAUUGGAUUUAGAUGAAGAUAAAGAGAACAAAAAUAUAGAAGAGAAUUAUUUCAGCCAGUUUGUGAAGUCAGAAUCACCAUCAUUAUUAGCACUUAGUACAGAUCAAAAAACUCUGGCUGUUUGUAUUUCAAAUAAUACACAUGUUGUUGCUGAUAUGUAUGAUAUUGCCGCCUUUGCUGAUCCGGAGGGAACUCCAGCUCCAUUUCUGAAUGUACAGUUGUCUUCAAGUUGUGCUGAAUUGAAAGAAUUUAUUUGGAAUCCAGUGAUUGAUGGAAUGUAUGCUUUCUGUUUGACUGAUGGAUCCCUUUAUGUGCAUGAACUUAAUGGGACUGUUUUAAAAAUUGUUGCUAGUCAAGCUCAGGCAGCUGCUACAGCAGUUUGUUGGAGUCCAAAGGGGAAGCAGUUAGUUGUUGGAAAGAAAGAUGGUUCUUUUACCCAAUAUAAGCCCACAUUACAAGAAGUUAAAACUGUUUCAGCUCCACCAUUGCAGGAAGGAGAAAUAAAAGUUGCGAAUAUAUGUUGGAUAUCAACUACCUUAUUUGCUAUUCUGUAUGUCCCAGAGGGUGAGAAUGUUUCUCCAAGUUUAAUUAUGGCUUCCACUCCAAAAGGUGCACCAGUUACAUAUACGAAUUUCUUUGAUGUAUGUCUUGGAAAUGCCACCAGUUCUGAUCAGAGAUAUUUUAUGCAUUAUGAAUCAGCAUGGGGGAUUUUAAUAUGUGCUUCAACAGAUUCCAUUGAGAUAGCUGUAAUUGGCGAUCCUCCAAACUGGACACAAUGGGAUGUAAAAGAAGAUGGUAAAGCACUUUUGCCAGGAAAAGAUGGUGCUUCUCAUGCGAUUGGAAUGGGUGUUAUGUACUGUGCUCAAAGGAAAAUAAUCAUAAGUGAAAAUGAAUCAUAUCCACCAAUGCCUAUAAUCUUUUUUCUGACUGAUAAUGGACUUCUUGUUUCCUUUCACGUGAUUAACAGUGCCCCAGACUGUGUUAGUUUAGUCCGUCCAUCAACUCCUAUUGAAAUUGAAGGAGAGCGGAAGAGGCCAGAUUACAUUCAGAGCAAACCUGCUGAAACUACUGUUGUUUCUACUGCUACAGAAGCUGCAAAAAAUAUAACUGUGACGUCAUCUGUUUUGAUGUCAUCAACUUUUCCAUCAUCUGUGCAAGAAAAUAAAACUAGUGGAUUACCAUUUGAUUUUAAUAAAAACAGCACUUUUGGUUUUAGCCAAAGUAAUAGUGGAUUAUCUCAAGACUUCUCUGCACAUCAGAAAAAUAAAGAAGGUUCAUUGCCAUUUGGAAGUAACCUUCAACAACCUAAUCUCAAUAUGGUAUCCCCAUUUCGGAGUGCAGUGUCUCCAUCACAGCCUAUAGCUACUUCCAGUUCUCUCUUUGGGGGAUCAUCUCAGUCUUCAGCAACUUUUGGAUCUACUCCACAGCCAGUGUAUAUAAAUACCUCUUCUCCAGAUACUGAGAAAAUACAUAAAUUAUCAAGAGGAAUGGCAUUAAACCUUAUAACAUCAACUUCAAACAAAGAAACUGCAGCAGGCAUUCGGCCUGUUGCUGUUGCACAAAGAUCUACUUCAGGAAAUAAA